CUGAUAAGACCCGAAGCCUAUCAGAGGAAUUUCUUUAUUCCAAUUCUCUUUAAGCUCUCCCUAUAAAUGACUAUUCUCAACUUGAAGCUCCUCUAAUGUUUGCAUAUUCUUGUUUCUGCAAACCAAAUUCGAUCAUGGCCACUCUUGCCAAGAGGUUACAAGGCAAGGUAGCCUUGAUAACCGGCGGCGCAAGUGGAAUCGGAGAAGCCACCGCAAGACUCUUUGCCAGGCAAGGAGCGAAAGUUGUAAUUACAGAUAUCCAAUCCGAUUUGGGUCACUCUGUAUCAAACCAAAUCGAAUCAGAAUCCAACCAACCAGUAUCCUACAUUCAUUGCGACGUAUCAAAAGAAUCCGAUGUCCAAAACGCAGUAAACGCUGCCGUUUCAAUGCACGGCCACCUUGAUAUAAUGUUUAACAAUGCAGGAAUUACAGGAAACUACAAUCCAAGCAUAUUAUCCAUUGAACGUGAAGAUUUUAAGAAGGUUAUGGAUAUAAAUGUUUAUGGCGGAUUAUUAGGAGCCAAACACGCCGCAAGAGUAAUGAUACCAGAAAAGAAAGGAGCUAUUCUGUUUACUUCAAGUGUUGCAGCAGUUACUUAUGGUGGUGUACCGCAUGCUUAUACGACGUCGAAGCAUGCAAUUGUUGGGUUAACCAAGAAUUUAGCUGUAGAGUUAGGGAAAUAUGGGAUAAGGGUUAAUUGUAUUUCUCCGGCGGCGGUAGCCACCCCUUCCGUUGUUAAAGCUUUGGGUAUGGAUGAAAAGCAAAUAGAGGAAUUUAAUUUGGCAAUAGCAAAUUUAAAAGGAGUAAAAGUAGAUGCGAAUGACAUGGCAGAGGCAGCUUUGUAUCUUGCGAGUGGAGAGUCUAAGUUUGUCAGUGGAUUGAAUCUUGUUGUUGAUGGAGGUUUUAGCUUGAGACAAUCUGGUUAUGGGAUUGAUAAGUCUUGAUUUAGUAUUUACUUUUCUUGAAUUUGUCUUUUCUUUGAAGUUCUGAAAAGGGGUAAAUUAAGGUCCAAAUAAGUAUGAUUAUGAUCUUAAUACAAUUUUCUAUAUUUAAUAAAUAUGUCUAAUAUUUUUUCUCUCUUUA